CUUCAGUCGUAAUUCUCUAAAGGAAGCAGCAACAAUGGCAACUAAGCGUGGACGUGGCGGUGCCUCUGGCAACAAGUUCCGUAUGACCCUCGGUCUUCCCGUGGGCGCCGUGAUGAACUGCGCCGACAACUCGGGUGCCAAGAACCUCUACAUCAUCGCCGUGUGCGGUAUUAAGGGUCGCUUGAACCGUCUGCCCGCCGCCGGUGUGGGUGACAUGGUGCUGGCCACCGUCAAGAAGGGUAAGCCGGACCUCCGUAAGAAGGUCAUGCCCGCUGUGGUCAUCCGUCAGCGCAAGUCCUGGCGCCGCAAAGACGGCGUGUUCCUCUACUUCGAGGACAACGCUGGUGUCAUCGUGAACCCCAAGGGUGAAAUGAAGGGUUCGGCCAUCACGGGCCCCGUGGGCAAGGAGUGCGCCGACCUGUGGCCGCGUAUCGCCUCGAACGCCGGCUCCAUUGUCUAAGCUGAAGGAGAUUUCUCUCAUCAGAGAACCGACAAAUGACAAUUGGAAAUUGUUGUUGCCAUUUGAUAAUUUUUCGCCUA